ACCGCACGGACGGACGGGAGGACCUCUCCGCGCUUCCACCUCGCUCGCGGUGCCUGGCUUUGACGCGCACCCACCACCACCAGCGCGCGAGACCGACCCGCCGAGCCUGCUCCGCGAUCGCUUUGGGAGCGUGUGUGGUGGCCGGGACGUAUAUGAGAUCCCCAUCCAACGGCCGCCCACCAGGCAGCGGUGGGGGAGGAGGCGGUGCGGCAGCAGCUCCAGCUGGUGGAGCGGCAGGGGACGACGACUUCGCCUUCUACUACUCCUUCCUCCAGGACGCUGCCGCCGGUGCGGUGCCGCCGCCGCUCGAGAUCGACGACCCCGGCGCGAUGACCAACGGCCGGCGCCGGAAGCCGCGCGGGCCGGACGCGGGGGGCGAAGGCGGCGCCGCAGCCGCGGCCGCCAAGAAGGACGGCAAGAAGCGGUCCAUCGCCCGGAUACUCACCUCGCUGGCGGCGAUGGAGGCGGAGGAGCACGCGGACCGCGCGGGCGCGCCCGGGCGGGAGCUCGCGCUGCUCGAGUCCAACGCCGACGCCCGCUCCCAGGCCAUGAUGGACUACUACGCCAAGAUGGAGGGCAGCUUCGACGCCGCCGCCGACUCCGAGGCCGCCGCCAGGUCCAAGCGCUCCAGGCUCGCCGCCUCGGCCGCCGCGGCCGCCGUCGUGGCGGCCGAGGACUCGGCGGCAGCGUCCUCCGCGUCGGGCUCGGCGGCGACCGCGGGGCAGCAGGCCGCCGGGCACCACCAGCGCAGGCUCUGGGUCAAGGACCGGUCGCGCGCGUGGUGGGACAAGUGCAGCAGCCCCGACUACCCGGAGGAGGACUUCCGGCGCGCCUUCCGGAUGGGGCGCGAGACCUUCGACAUGAUCUGCGACGCGCUGGGGUCUGCGGUGGCCAAGGAGGACACCAUGCUCCGCGCCGCGAUCCCCGUCCGCCAGCGCGUCGCCGUCUGCAUCUGGCGCCUCGCCACGGGGGAGCCGCUCCGCCUCGUGUCCAAGCGCUUCGGCCUCGGCAUCUCCACCUGCCACAAGCUCGUCCUGGAGGUCUGCGCCGCCAUCAAGUCGGUGCUCAUGCCCCGCUUCCUGCAGUGGCCAGACGACGCCGCGGCCGCGCGGUUCAAGGCCGCCUUCGAGCGCACCUCGGGCGUGCCGGGGGUGAUCGGCGCCAUGUACACCACCCACAUCCCCAUCAUCGCGCCCAAGAUCUCCGUGGCCGCCUACUUCAACCGGCGGCACACGGAGCGCAACCAGAAGACGUCCUACUCCAUCACGCUGCAGGGGGUGGUCGGCCCCGACGGCGCCUUCACGGACGUGUGCAUCGGCUGGCCCGGGUCCAUGCCCGACGACCAGGUCCUGGAGAAGUCGAUGCUCCACCAGCGCGCGGCGGCCGGGAUGAUGCGGGAGUCGUGGCUGGUGGGCGGCGCCAGCUACCCGCUCACGGACUGGGUGCUGGUGCCGUACACGCACCCGAACCUGACGUGGACGCAGCACGCGUUCAACGAGAAGGUGGGCGAGCUCCGGCGCGUGGCCGUGGAGGCGUUCGCGCGGCUCAAGGCGCGGUGGGCGUGCCUGCAGAAGCGCACGGAGGUGAAGCUGCAGGACCUCCCCGUGGUGCUGGGCGCCUGCUGCGUGCUCCACAACAUCUGCGAGCUCCGCGGCGAGGGGGUGGACCCGGCCAUCCGGUGCGAGCUGGUGGACGACGAGACCACGCCGGAGAACCCCGUGCGGUCCGAGGCCGCCAAGCGCGCCAGGGACGGCAUCGCGCACAACCUGCUCCACCGCGGCUUCGCCGGCACCACGUUCUUCUGACCGGCUGCCCUGCUCUGUGGGUCUCUCUCCUUUCAAUUUGGUAGUACAAAAUUCAACUGGUGCAGCAGGUUGCCAGCCGUACGCAUGCAUUCUUUUAGCCUAGAAGAUUUUGGUAGGGUUGAUGCAAUUAGCAGCAGCUAGCAGCUGGGUGGGGAACCAGCCAACACAAAAGGCGCUGUAAUUAAUUUGUUUAUUUAAGGGAUGCGGAUGUAAACAUCUUGUGAAAAAUUCUGGGCAGAUGCUGCCCCAAAUUUUUCAUACUGUUUUGCAAUACAUGUACAGUUCAGUUCAGUUCAGUUCAGACAAAGAGAGAGUCGUAGUUCGUGAA